AUGGAACGUGUGGCAUCGGUGCUGUCGGCCUUAAAGCCAACUCUAGAGAAGCACCAGCUAGGCAGCUGGAAGCCGGCUGAGGUGGACCGGCUCUGCGCGAUGCUGAGAGAAUACGGCAAGCAGGAGCGGCGAGAUAAGUGCGGCACAAGCUGUCUCGACGGCGCCGCUACUGCUCUUGCAUCUCUCCCUUCCUCCUCUAGCGUCCCGCCGUCGCUGCCUAGCGGGGGCGACGACGUGGAAGACGAAAACGAUGCGGAUGAAGAGGCGUUCGCCGGUGUGGUCAGCGAGGUGGAUCGGUGCCUCAGCCUCGUGCGCGACUUCCUUAAGCGGCGUAUGCCGUUCGGUGCGGUAGUGGAGCCCACUCUCCCUGCUGGCACGGCAGAACGACAAGCGCCGCAAUCCAGUAGUGCGGACAUCAUUUCUUGCAAGCGGGCUCGCUCUCUGAGCGGUGAGCCGUCGUCAUCCGCACCGACGAGCAACAGCGUCCAUAGCGGCGCUGCGGUGGUCGAGGCGCCUGUGUACGCCGUGGAUGCGUUCCUGUACGCGGAGGGCGAUAUCGAGAAGCUCGUGGAGGCGAAGAAGUUGGCGCGGGAGUACUGCUGCCGCUGCGGCAGCACUGAUCUCGGAUUGGUGGAGUUCAUCACUCACUCCUUCUCGCAAGACCAGCUCGUCUACCUCAGCUGCUUUCUCCUGCCGCACCUUCUCGACGUAGUCGUUGCGUCUCACGAGGCAUCGCGGCCGCUGUCCAUCGUAGACGUCGGCUCUCGGCUCGGCAUCGUGCUGUGGGCAUGUGCGUUUGCGCUGCAACGGGGCCUCCUCGCACCAGCGCAGGCAGCGACCACGGAUGCGGCCGCUGAUGACGCGGCGCCGGAGGUGAACCUCGUCGGCAUCGAGUUGGAUGCGACUUUCGUGAAGAUCUCCCAGGACGUUGCGCGUCGCUUCUUUGCGCAGCGGCGUCGCCACGCACCGAAGCUGGUCUCGGUGCCGCAGCCCGCUGCAGCUAACGGCGUCGACGCGAAGUUGCCGGAUGUGUCGUCGAGUAUUCAGCUCCUACAAAGUGACUGCUUCGAGGGUGCUGCCGCGUCUGCCCUCUCUGAGAGCUCCCUCGUGGUGAUGCACAACGUAUUUGAGUACUUCUGCACCACAGCGGUAGAGCACGCCCGCUGCUGGCUGAAGCUGCGCCGCCUCGUGCACCGCUCUGGACAGUUUCUUGUGUGCAGCCCAGCUCUCGAGGUAACACUCGGCACCUUCACGGACGAGGUGUGGUUGCAGGCGUGGCAGCUGGAGAAUGGGAACGAUGCCAGAGGCGCGUCAACGCCGCUGGCGUGGUUAGCCUCUUAUGUGGAGCCGUUUGAUACAGCGGAUGUGGCCUCCGACUUUCUGACGAUGCGCACGUUGUCUUGCGAGGGCUGUGACGCCGGCAGCGACGGGGAUAAGCACCAUGAGGAUCACCACGGACGCAGUCGCGACCACCAUCAUCACAGUAGCGAAGACGACGAGGGGGACGGGGAGGAGGCCAGCGAGAUGGCGGAGCAGAUUCAGCGGAUCUACGUGUACUGUGUCAAGUAA